AUGACCUUCACUUCAAUACCUAAAGCAAAAAAAAUGGACGGGUCGGGGAUUUCUCGAUCACGUAGUCAAGUCAAGCAGGUCAAAGAGACCUACCCUACGGUGUGCUCGUAUAAGUCCAGCUUGCAACCGUGCGACGCUGGUGCCUUCCAGAUGCUCGGCAAGUGCCUCCCUCGCCUCUGCGUUUCAGCCGCAUUCUCCACUCUCCCGGUCUCACAUCGAUGGCGUGCCGACCUCAAAAACCGAUCCCUAGCUGCCCAGAUAGCUUCCCUCCUCCUCCACCGCAAGGAUUGGAUCCGCCGCCUCCGGUCCAAAGCCUUAUUCCUUCCUGGCCGCUCCUGCGACGACCUCGUUCGCCGAGUCCUUUCCAUGACCCGCUCCCACCCUGAUCUCUCCCUCAAAUUCUUCAAUUGGGCGCAGUCCGAUCUCGGUUACCGCCCGGACCUCCAUUCGCUUGCCGCAAUCGCGUGGACCCUCGUGGACGCCGGCCUCCUCGAUCGAGCUAGGUGGCUUCUGGAUCCAGUCCUGCUGUCCUACCACCCGCAUGCGGUUGUCAACUCGCUUUCCCGAGCCUCCCAACGUAAGGAUUCUCGAUCUAGGGCUCUUAAUUUUGUCCUUGAAACCUACUCCACUUCGGGGCUGAUUUCCGGUAGCUUGGAAAUUUUCAGAAAAAUCGUAGCUUUCAGGUGUCAAAUUACGACCCGUAGUUGCAAUGCGCUUCUUGACGCUCUGUCUUCCUCGGAUGUGGACGGGGAUGGUGUCAGGAUUGCCUGGCGUUGUUAUGCUGCUGCACUUCGAAAUGGCGCAGUGCCGGAUUCUCGCACUUGGUCGCUUCUGUCUCGGCUUCUUUGCAGGGAGGGGAAGCUUGAAAAGGCCGUCCUUUUGCUAGUUGUAGGGGGUUGCAAAGAUUCAGCUUAUGAUCUGGUCAUCGAUUGUUUCUGUAGGAAAGGAGAAUUUGGAGUUGCCAUUGGCCUCGUCCACAGAAUGCGUGAAGUCAACAUGAGACCGAGGUUUACUACUUAUUGCGCAAUCCUUGAUAGUGGUUCUAGAUUUGGGGAUGACAAAAUCAUGGGUUUGAUGUUGAGAGAGAUGUUGGUUUAUGGUUUCCUCCCAACUGUUCCUUGCUUGGAUUAUGAUAGGAUUAUCUGCAGGCUUUGUGAGCUUGAGAAGAUCUAUGUGGCAAAAUUUUUCUUUGAUCGAGCUAGGAAACACAAUGUUGAAUUAGGAAAAAGAGUGUAUCUUUAUUUGCUAAAGACAAUGUCAAAGGAAGGAAUCGUGUGGGAUGCAUUGGAACUUUAUGGAAUAUUGUUGGAAAAGGGGAUCAAAGUGAAUCUUAGAAGUUGUAAGGUUUUUGUUAGUGGAAUUUGUAAUGCAAAUCCAUCAAUGGAAGUGGAUCAAGUGUUAGAAGCUGCCAUCAAAAGAGGGGUUGUGCCUAAAAUCUCUGAUCUCUCAAAAUAUAUAGCUGCGCAACUUAGCAAAUCUAUGUGGAAGGAAGCAGGUCAUCUGAUUGAUACUGCACUGCAAAAUGAAAUCUUGUUGGAUGGGUUUUGUUUCUAUGAUCUGGUCAGGUACUAUAGCACUAAUGGGCUUGUUGACUCAGCAUUGGAGUUGCAUGAAAGGUUGAAGAAAUUGGGGGGGUGUUUUGAUUUAUCCUCAUACAAAUUGCUCCUCAAAACACUGCUUGGAGAAAGACGGUCAGCCAAAGCUAUCCAAGUUUUUGACUAUAUGCAGGGAAAAGACAUUCUAGAUGGUGAUAUCUUUGUGACUAUGAUUUGUGAACUUUGUCACUCAGGGGAGAAUCGGAGGGCAAUGAAUCUGCAUGACGAGAUGUUGAAGCUUGGCUAUAAGCCUAAUGAAGCCAGCUACAGGAAUCUUAUUUCUCAUUUUUCAUGA